UCUUGGCGCCACGCAACACAGCCAAAGAUGAGCCACACAACCAUCGUCUCCUCCUCACCGCUUCCAACCCCUUACCGCAAAGAUUCAAUUCGCAGAGGAACCAAGAGCCCAAAGCUCCCAGCUAGCUAGCUGAAAUGGCUCUCGCCCACCAGAUCACCAACCAGCCGCUCCUCUCCUCCCCGCCGUGCCUCGCAAGAACCAACGGUAGCAAUGCGCGGACGGCGAGGACGGCGUUUCUUGGCCACAGCUGCUGCCUGAAGCUUCGGGAUACAGCGACGAGAUGCGUCGUCGCUUCGUCAGCGCAGGCGGAGCCCAAGUCCGGAGGUGGGGACGGGGAUGGAGGCCAGGAGCCGUACGAGGAGUACGAAGUGGAGAUCCUGAAGCCGUACGGGCUCAAGUUCGCCAAGGGCCGCGACGGCGGCACCUACAUCGAGGCCAUCUUCCCCGGCUCCUCCGCCGAGCAGACCGGCAAGUUCACCGUCGGCGACAAGGUUAUUGCCACCAGCGCCGUCUUUGGAGAGGAAAUCUGGCCGGCGGCAGGGUACGGCCAGACCAUGUACUGCAUCCGCCAGAGAGUUGGCCCUCUCUACAUGAAGAUGCAGAAGAAAUUUGGGAAAUGGGAUGGUGCUGCUGAGCUCUCUGACAAGGAGGUCAUCAGGGCUGAAAGGAACACCGGAAAUGUCAGCACUAAACUCAGAGAGAUUCAGAUGCAAAAUUACCAGAAGAAGAUGGAGCAGAAGAUCCAAAGAGAAGAUGACCUUCGCAUGGGGCUAAAGUUGUACAAGGAUGAAAAAUACGAGGAGGCGUUGGAGAAGUUUGAGUCGGUGCUGGGGUCAAAACCAGAGAUUGAUGAAGCUUCCGUAGCCAGCUACAAUGUCGCGUGCUGUUAUUCGAAGCUCGACCGGAUACAAGCUGGCCUUUCUGCACUUGAAGAAGCGAUGAAAGCAGGCUAUGAAGACUUCAAGAGGAUUCGCACCGACCCGGAUUUAGCAAACUUGAGGAACUCGGAGGAGUUCGCCACCCUACUAAACAAGUACGAUGAAUCAUUUAUCAACGAGAGCGCCAUCAAUGCUAUCAAAUCCAUAUUUGGAUUCGGUAAGAAGUGAUGACCUCCUAUCGAUUGCACACAUCUACUUGGUCUUGCAGUUUGCACACUUGGCCAUACAGCCCAGCCUCUCUCUCUCUCUCUCUCUCCCCCACUAGUUCGAAACAGUAGUUUUAGUUUGUUCUUGCAGAGACUUGGAGAUAUCUCCAGGAAUGGUUUUAGCCUUCCUUUGUACUUAAACCAUUCUAUGAACAUACACUUUGUACAUAACAAUGGCAAUCCUCCAUUCGGAAAGCAAAGGCUACAGGAAAUAUGUUA